AUGGCCUGGUCUGCCAUGAUGCGCCCGGGGGUGCAAAAGACUCUAGUGACAGUGCUGGGGCUAUUGGUUGCAUUGAUGUUGACUUCAUUUCUGACUUACGUGGUUGACAAUGCAGUGGGACGUCCACGUCCUGAUCGGCCUUCGCGUUGCAUGCCCUCUCGCGGUACCAAAGACGACGUCCUGGUCGCAUGGACUGUCUGCACCCAGUCCAACCAACACAUUCUGCAGGAGGGAUGGCGCAGCUUCCCUAGUGGACACAGUAGCUUCCCAUUUGCUGGCCUCGGGUACCUUUCUCUGUGA